AUGUCAUCACACUGUCACAAUACAAUCCUAACAAACCUUCACAUUACCAUGUCAACAGACUGUCACAAUACAAUCUUAACAAACUUUCAUAUCACCAUGUCAUCACACUGUCACAAUACAAUCCUAACAAACUGUCACAAUACAAUCUUAACAAACUUUCACAUUACCAUGUCAACAGACUGUCACAAUACAAUCUUAACAAACCUUCACAUUACCAUGUCAACAGACUGUCACAAUACAAUCUUAACAAACUUUCACAUUACCAUGUCAUCACACUGUCACAAUACAAUCCUAACAAACUUUCACAUUACCAUGUCAUCACACUGUCACAAUGCAAUCCUAACAAACUUUCAUAUUACCAUGUCAACAAACUGUCAAAAUACAAUACUCACAAAAUUGCACAUUACCUUGUCAACAAACUGUCACAAUACAAUCCUAACAAACUGUUACAAUAUAAUCCUAACAAAAUGUCACAUUACCAUGUCAACAAACUGUCACAAUACAAUGAUAACAAACUGUCACAUUACCAUGUCAACAAACUGUCGUAAUACAAUCCUAACAAAUUGUCACAAUACAAUCCUAACAAAUUGUCACAAUACAAUUCUAACAAAGUGUCACAUUACCAUGUCAACAAACUGUCACAUUACCAUGUCAACAAACUGUCACAAUAUAAUAAUAACAAACUGUCACAUUACCACGUCAAAAAGUGUCACAAUACAAUCCUAA